CGGAGCCGCCGAGUGGACGCCGCCGAGGCUCCGCAGCCGCGCACGCAGGUGCCGCCCAGUAGGGACUCACAGCUCCUGGAGGAUGGUGCGGAUCUUGGCCAAUGGGGAAAUUGUUCAGGAUGAUGACCCCCGAGUGAGGACCACUACCUCGCAGAGAGGUAGCUCUCCUCGGCAGGGCUUUCUCAACAGGGGCCAUGGUGUCCCCCCUGGGGGGACCGGCCCCCGCCCACAGCAGGCAGGUGCCAGGCUGGGGGCUGCCCAGUCUCCCUUCAAUGACCUCAACCGGCAGCUGGUAAACAUGGGCUUCCCCCAGUGGCAUCUGGGCAACCAUGCGGUGGAGCCGGUGACCUCCAUCUUGCUGCUUUUCCUGCUCAUGAUGCUUGGUGUUCGUGGCCUCUUGCUGGUGGGCCUCGUGUACCUGGUGUCCCACCUGAGCCAGCGGUGACCUCGAGGGCUGACGGGGGUCGGUGUGUCGAGAGGGACUUGCUGGGCCUUGGAGUUGGAGCAGGCAUGUGGGGAGGGGACCAUGGGUUUGGAUUGCAGGUAUGGUGAGCGGGACCAUGGGUCAAGCCGGAGGCAGAGGGAGGYUCUAGUCUAGCAUCCCCAAGCCUCGGGCGGCCACCCUGGUUGUCUGGAGAUGUUCAGGUGGUCUAGGGCCUCCAUCAAGUGACACAAAACCAGAACAAGAUGUUCUCUUUCCAAUUCUCUUUGAUCCUUUCAUGCCCAGAAGAAAGUCUUAACUUGGUGCCAGUGUGUUGGAGGCCUCCGGGACACGAUCUGCCUUCCCCAUUACUGGGGAGCAUUACUGGGGUCCAGGGCAGCUGGGAGAAGUUUCCAGACUUUUAUAACACUGUUUUGUUUUAAUGGUGUAUUUUUAUUGGCUACCUUUUAUUUCUGAUGAGGGG